AAUAACAUGUGCGGAUAAGAUAGAUCGUGUAUGUUUAUAUCCGACGAAAGUGAGUUUAGCGAAGUUCUUCCAAGGCACCAAGGAUUCGACCAUGAGAAUAUGAAGCAAGCUUUCCUUCAAAAACUCGGAUUAAUAGAACUGCCCAGGAUACAGAAGAGGGAUUUGGAAAAUGUGGUCGUCCCAGCUCACAUAAAGAAUAAGUAUCUGUCUAUGCUGAAACUGCAUAACAAGAGGAAGAGGAGAUCUCUGCCAAGUCUGGCAGGAAUUCUUAGAGGCAUUCGUGGGAGUGCAGAUAUAACAGGAGAAGUCAUGUACUCUGACACAACUCGACAGCGUCUCGUGUUUGACAUGGAGGACAGGCUGCAAGAAAACACAGAGGUUACUAUGGCAGAACUGAAACUUUUCCAGACAGUAGUGCAGAGCCCAUCCAAACCAGAGCGAAGACACCACAGACCCAUCAACAACGCCAGAGUCAGCAUCUACUGGGUGGAGGUGUUGGGAAACGGCUCUAAUAGAACAUCACUUGUUGACUCACGAUUGGUUCCCGUACAUGAAAGUGGAUGGAAAAGCUUCGAUGUGACUCAGGCGAUUCAUUACUGGUCUAAAUCCAAAAAGAAUGCACCUCUGCACCUGGAGGUGUGGACUGAGGGAGAGAGACCUGGUAACUAUGCAGCCGAGAUGGCCAAAAGAGUGCGCUUCGCCACACAGGACCCGAAAGAGAACACCCUGGAGAAAGACAUGGGCACACCAGAACUUGUGUUCUACACCUUGAACCUGGAUGAAUAUGGAUCACAAGGUAACUGCAACUCCAGCCCAAACAGCAGCAAGUGUUGUCGGGAAGAGCACUUCAUAAACUUCCGUGAGCUCACGUGGACACAGUACUGGAUCAUCGAGCCGGCCGGGUACCAGGCGUUCCGCUGCGCGGGAGGAUGCAAGCAGCCACAGCGCGGUUUCUAUGGUUACGGGCAGAGGACGUGCGCUGUGUUGGAGAGCGCGCCUUUGCCCAUGAUGUACCUGGUGAAGAAAGGAGAUUACACUGAAAUUGAAGUGGCAGAAUUUCCUAACAUGAUAGUUGAGAAGUGCGGAUGCUCCAUGGACAAAACUCCUCCAGUGUGAGGCUGUUUCGUGACUUGCUCUCAAACGAGAGGUGAUAGAGUGAUGCUUAAAACUGACUGUAAAUACUGAAAUGUCUUAUUCAAUAGAGA